AGGGGGAACCCGCGGGUUCUAUGGGAAGGUGCCUCUCGUCCUCCGCACAGGCAGGUGACCCUUGAGCGGGGAUGACAGGGAAACUAAGGGAGACUGGAUGAGGAGGAGCAGCAGAGGCCCAGGGAGCCCACAGAGUCCUCCGUGCCAACAUGCUCGGGGCGGACCCGUGCCGCCCUCGCCACCGUCUCCUGGUCGGGGCUGGGCUCAGCCUGAGCCCUUGGAUCCUGGGGUCCCUCCAAUGCCGAGGCCCACCACACAGCCGCGGCUGAUGCCGCCUCGAGUAUUCAUCACCAGAACUAUCACCCGAGCGGCCAACAGCUUGGAUGCAGAAAAUGGGCCGACACCAUCCCCCGGCCGCAGCCCUCUGGACUCGCAGGCGAGCCCGGGGCUUGUGCUGCAUGCUGGGGCGGCCGCCGGCCAGCGCCGAGAGUCCUUUCUCUAUCGCUCCGACAGUGACUAUGACAUGUCACCCAAGACUAUGUCCAGGAACUCAUCCGUCACCAGCGAAGCGCAUGCCGAAGACCUCAUUGUGACACCAUUUGCUCAGGUGCUGGCCAGUCUCCGCAGCGUUCGAAGCAACUUCUCACUCUUAACCAAUGUGCCCAUCCCCAGCAACAAGCGGUCCCCAAUGGGCGGCCCACCCGCUGUCUGCAAGGCCACGCUGUCAGAGGAGACGUGCCAGCAGCUGGCCCGGGAGACCCUGGAAGAGUUAGACUGGUGUCUGGAGCAACUGGAGACCAUGCAGACCUACCGCUCUGUCAGCGAGAUGGCCUCGCACAAGUUCAAAAGGAUGCUGAACCGUGAACUCACACACUUGUCGGAAAUGAGCAGGUCGGGAAACCAGGUCUCAGAGUACAUUUCCACAACAUUCCUGGACAAGCAGAAUGAAAUGGAGAUCCCAUCACCCACACCACGGCAGAGAGCCUUCCAGCAGCCGCCGCCGGCCCCAGUGGCGCGGCAGGCUCAGCCGAUGUCUCAGAUCACAGGGUUGAAAAAGCUGGUGUACACCGGAAGCGUGAACACCAGUAUCCCACGAUUUGGAGUCAAGACAGAUCAAGAGGAGCUCUUAGCACAAGAACUGGAGAACUUGAGCAAAUGGGGUCUGAACAUCUUCUGUGUGUCGGAGUACGCUGGAGGCCGCUCACUCAGCUGCAUCAUGUAUACGAUAUUCCAGGAGCGAGACCUGCUGAAGAAAUUCCGAAUCCCUGUGGACACCAUGGUGACUUACAUGCUGACCCUGGAAGACCACUACCAUGCCGACGUGGCCUACCACAACAGCCUGCAUGCGGCCGACGUCCUGCAGUCCACACAUGUGCUGCUGGCCACGCCCGCACUGGAUGCUGUGUUCACAGACCUGGAGAUUCUUGCCGCCCUCUUUGCUGCUGCCAUCCACGACGUGGACCACCCUGGCGUCUCCAACCAGUUCCUUAUCAACACCAAUUCGGAGCUGGCGUUGAUGUACAACGACGAGUCUGUGCUUGAGAACCACCACCUGGCUGUGGGCUUCAAGCUGCUGCAAGAAGAGAACUGCGACAUCUUUCAGAACCUCAGCAAGCGCCAGCGGCAGAGCCUGCGCAAGAUGGUCAUCGACAUGGUGCUGGCCACAGACAUGUCCAAGCACAUGACCCUCCUGGCUGACCUGAAGACUAUGGUGGAGACAAAGAAAGUGACCAGCUCGGGAGUUCUCUUGCUGGACAACUACGCCGACCGCAUCCAGGUCCUCAGGAACAUGGUGCACUGUGCAGACCUCAGCAACCCCACCAAGCCCCUGGAGCUCUAUCGACAGUGGACGGAUCGCAUCAUGGCCGAGUUCUUCCAGCAGGGUGAUCGGGAACGGGAGCGUGGAAUGGAGAUCAGCCCCAUGUGCGACAAGCAUACGGCCUCUGUGGAGAAGUCUCAGGUGGGCUUCAUCGACUACAUUGUCCACCCGCUGUGGGAGACGUGGGCAGAUCUCGUCCAUCCCGAUGCCCAAGACAUUCUGGACACGUUGGAAGACAACAGGGAUUGGUAUCACAGUGCCAUAAGGCGGAGCCCUUCCCCACCCCCGGAAGAGGAGCCGGGAGGGCUUGGCCAUCCAACCCCGCCUGACAAGUUCCAGUUUGAGCUCACACUAGAGGAGGAAGAGGAGGAGGAUUCCUCGGAGGUUCUGGGAUUGCCUACAGCUGAGGAAAUCUUCGUAGCUCCAGAUGACGUCGCAGCUCAGACUACAGAACAGUCAGAGGUCAAGGUCGAAGGACAGAACACCGCAGGGAGAGAGAAAGAGGAGAGCUUGAGGCAGGGGGCUGUCUCCGCAUGUGUUGAUCCCAAGGGGUCCAUGGAGGCCGUGGGCUGCACUUGCAGCCCUGGAAUCCCCAUUCUGCCUGACUUGAGGACCCUGUCCCCCUCAGCGGAGGCCCCGGGCCUCCUGGGCCUCCCCUCCCCGGCGGCAGAGGUGGAGGCCCCAAGAGACCAUCUGGCUGCCACGAGGGCUUGUGCCUGCUCUGGGACAUCAGGAGACAAUUCCGCCAUCGUCUCAGCUCCAGGCAGGUCGGGGUCAGGUGGGGACCCUGCCUGAGCCCUGUUCCCUUCGCCCACCCAUGGGUCCUCCCUCCUCCCUGCUCUCUCCACUCACCACGGACCACCUCAACGACUCCUGGCCCUCCUGAGAAAAAAGAAAACAGAAAAGUGGGGUUUUU